AAAAGUUAAAAAAUAACUUGCAUUUUAUUGGCAUAUCAUAAGGAUGAAACAAACGAGUCUGCGGGGCCUAACUUUUAUCAAAACCAUUACCUCAUCAUGUGAAUGAACUGAAGUGUUUCACAUUAUUUUACUGAUUUUUGCACAGUCACCGCUCUCCAUCCUAUGCCAAGUUGGGCCGGCAUUUUUGAGGAAUGAGAACUCCGCUCAUCUGUAUCAAAAUCAGUAUGAAAACACAAUCAGCAUUGUGCAAUGAGGGCUGAAGAUAGCAGCAUAUCCCAUCUGUCUGAACUAACAGACAAAAUGAAGGCCUUUAUAGAGAAAUAUGAGCAAAAUGCUGAUGGCAAAAUAGGUAUCAUUGAGCUGGUUCAAAUUCUUCCCACAGAGGAAAACUUCUUGCUAUUUUUCAGACAACAGCUGAAGUCUUGUGCAGAAUUUAUGGAGGCCUGGAGAAAUUAUGACGCUGAUCACAGUGGAUACAUAGAAUCCGAUGAACUUAAGAACUUUUUGAAAGAUCUGCUGCAGAGGGCUAAAAAACCAUAUGAUGAGAAAAAAUUAGAGGAGUACACACUGACUACGCUGAAAAUUUUUGAUUCAAAUAAAGAUGGGAAACUAUGUCUGUCAGAAAUGGCACGGCUGUUACCAGACCAGGAAAACUUUCUAUUAAAAUUUCAGGGAGUAAAAAUGGCCAGAAAAGAGUUCAACAAGAUUUUUGAAUUAUAUGAUCAGGACAGGAACGGUUACAUGGACGAAAAUGAGCUUGACGCCCUGCUCAAAGACCUUUGUGAGAAGAACAACAAGGUUCUAGAAGUCAACAAAAUCCCGACGUAUAAGAGCGCCAUCAUGGCUCUGUCUGACGGAGGCAAGCUCUACAGAACAGAGUUAGCGCUGGUGUUGUGCGCAGAGGAGAUGUGAACGCCUCCAUCCGUCCUCGCACCAUCUCAGAACCCCGUCCUCAGCUCACCUGUGAUGCGUAAUGUAGCUAGAACCUUCUUACGUUCCUUCAUUUUGAACAUGGAUUUCACGUAGACAGGCAACCAGUGGCACAUACUUUUCAACUUGUUGUUUCUAUACUGUUUCUAAAUGUACAGAUUUUUUUAACAAUGACACACUUACAAUACAACCCGCACUUCAUAGAUGAACGCUACAUUUCUCUCAACACAAGGAAACCCGAAAGCUACCAAAUUCCCAUAAUGAUUUUAAAAUCCAAAAUAUUCACCAACACCUAUUCUGCAAAUAUAAGUAUUGAUUUAUCUAACACUAUCAUAGGCAAAAGCAAUAACGUCCUCAAGGAAUGCUGAUGAAACUGUUGGUGGGAUCUAUGUAAAACUCAAAAAGGCUACAAAAUAUACUUUUGCGAUGCAUGUUUAUAUUGUAGCUGAUGGCAGGCCCUGCUAGUGGGGUAUUUUUGACUGCAAGCACAUGCCGAACGUAAUGCAUCGCCCCAGACCUGUCUUUAAUGUUAGAUUUUGCACUGUAAAGAAUGACAUGCUCCUCUAUGCUGAACACCACAGACACUGUGUAAGAAGAUAUUAAACUUAUUGAAUGACUAA